GGUAUGAUGGAGCUCACAGCGGGCUGCAGAGACAGAUCUACCCUGAUCCAGAGCUCUGACUGGAUCACUGAUGCCUUCACAUGUCUUCAGAAGGGAUCAUGCCCCAGUCACAGUGCUGCGGAUUUGGCUGGCGUGAUAUUUUCCGGGGUAUGUGGACUGCUUCCCAGCGAGGACGGGGAUCGUACUGGUCCAGGUGAUCACCAUGUCAACAGCGUGGAGCUGAGCUGCAUCAGUGUGAGUCUGGUGGAGAAGAUCACCUCCACCCUGACGUCUGGCAGCCUGCAUCCUCCAGCUGUCACACUGUACUGUGUGGAGAUCCUGUCGGUGUUGUUUCAACAUAAGGAUCUCAUGUCACAUCUAAUCCACCAGUUCCACAAUGAGAACCAGAUCAUCUCACAUCUCGCUGCAAAGACCGUAUCAACGUGUGUUUUCUAUCAGCUCCACAAAUCAGGUACAGUCAGUCCUGUGUGGCAGCAGAAGUGUGGCCAGGCAUUCUCCACCUCAGUCCCUGGUCCUGAACUGGAUGCCUGUCUGUGGUCACUGACUGAAGUCUUAAAAAGACUCAUUAAAGGAGCUCAUCAAGACAUCCUCGGGAAACUUUUGGCAGCUUUUGACUCCAGCCUAAGUGCUUUAUGGUUAAAUGUUUUCCCUGAAGAGAGGAAAGAGGUAAAACAGUGUUGGGUGGACCUGACUAGCCUCAGACACAGUGGAGCAACAUUCUGCCUCCUGCUGGACCUGCUGGAGGUGAUCACUGCAUCCAGUCUGGUAUGUGAGACUGGUGUGUGGCUGAAGAGUGCGAGAAUAACCCAGAUUCAUUUCUCAGCACUCCUGACAACAAUCAGCUGUGCCUCCGAGUAUUUUGUCAAAAAGCGAGUGCUGCUGUUUCUGAAGAGAGCUGUGCUUCAGAAGCCUGGAGAGGACUGGGCUUUAGGAGAGGUGCCCUUCACUGAGCUCAAAUACAAACACACUAACUCUGAUAGGGACAUGCUGGCUCAGAGUGUGUUAACAGCCGUGGCUAAUAAUUGGUUGCAGAGUGUUCAAGUUGAGUCCGCCUCUUUUUUUGGAGGGACCAGGCACAUCAGAGAUAAAGAAGGUCAGAAACUGAAAGACUGUGUGAUGCUGAGAGCUGUCAGCCUGCUUCUUCUUAAGUCCAUGGAGCUUCACAUCCAAACAGCUGGGGGAACAGCAGGAGUGGACAGUGCCACAGAGCUGUAUGGUUGCCUGCAGAGUCUGUGGGGUUUCCUGAGGCGGUGUGGUGUCCAGCUGACAGAGUCCACUCACCGCUGCUCCUGGAUCAGCCUGCUGUUUGGAGAACAGGACGAUGACAUGAUGGAGGCAGCCAGAGCUUUGCUUUUCAUUUUCCUCCAUCACAGACUGUGCUCUGGCUUGGAUGAAGUUGCUGUGUUGGAGGCAGCCUGUGCCUCUGGCUGCAACCCUCACUGCCACUUCCUGCUGCUGCUUCAGAGCAUCUCCUUCGACCACAGCAUCCUUCUUGACUUCCUCAUCUCCACUGAAACCUGCUUUUUGGAGUACUUCGUGCGGUACCUCAAGUACCUGAGAGCGGACUGGCAGGGCUUCACCGCAGCAUGUAGAAGAAUCAGUUUGCCAAAGUGUCAUCUUCCACUACAGCAUUCACUUACUGCCUCAUAUGGUGGCAAUAUGCAAGAUGUGACAUCUAGUAUGGAGCCAGAUCGGGUUGAAUCCAGCUCCAGUGUCCAGCCAGUGGGAGGGAUUAGUGUGGCUGCUGGGGUUCACCUUGUAGACUAUGAGACUUCUGACGAGUCUGAUCCAGAGGACAUGGAGGUUUCUCAGGAUGAACCAGGGGCAUCUGAGUGUAAGAAAGGUAGAUUUAGUGCUUUGUAUGUGAAACAAGACAUUAAUAGACCACCAGAACAUAUCGGGCAGAAACAGCACAAGUCAUCCGACUCAACAGGAUUACUUAGUGAACCUGCUUCCAUAGAAGGGCCGUCACUGCUGCUGUUGCAGAGUGAGAAAACUGGACGUCUAAACAUGGCACCUCUGGGACAGGUGACCUGUGAAACGUUAGCAAGAGCAGUUCUGUGUAUGUCAAAGCUCAGAGAGGUGAUGACAAGGCUGCAGACAAAGAAACUCUUCCCAUACAACCCUUCUUCUCUCUUAAAGCUCUUAGCGCAAGUAGAGGACUGUUUCUAGCAAUUGUGCUACAUUUCAAGAGUCCAGGCUGUUUUCUUGCCUUCUGUCCAGUAGGGUUGUCACGAUACUAAAAUUUUCAACUCGAUACCGAUACUCAGGAAAAUAUUCUAUACUCGAUAUCAUUUUCGAUACCACAAAGAUAAAAACAAAGACUCAAAGAAAUUUAACAGAAAUAUUUUUAUUAACAAGAAGAAUGCAACAUGUAAAAAUUAACACAACCACAGGUUAAAUAUUUAUAAUACAAAACAGUUGUGCAAAAAGAAACUGCAACUAUGCUAACAAGCUUCAGGUCUGAGGUAGUGCAAAAAAUAAAUAAAUACAAUAAACAAUAACAAUUAGAACAAUAUCUUGAGGUUGUAUGCUGUGCACAAUAUUAGGCAACCAAGGUUUCUCCGCAGUGUAAAUAGGAACCUGAUCCAUACAUAUGUACUCUGCCACAGCUCUGUUUAUUUUCAUAGCUUCUGGGGACUUGGCAUCAUAUUUUGGCGGUAUCAAUACUUUCGAAAAUGAGUAUUGUAUCCGGAUACAAUGUUUUAGUAUCAAUACUUUUUUGAGUAACGAUACUUUUGACAACCCUACUGUCCAGUGAAUGCUAUGACAUGCUAGAAGUAGAGGCAUCAUCAGCAUCAACAUCAGCAUCAUCAUCACCACCCUUGGAUGGAAAAUUACAUUUUCACUCUUAUUGUUACACACAUGCACAAACAGGACCAAGACACAUCAAUUUCUGUAUGUAUUGUAAGAUUGUUCAGUUGAAUGGAAAUUUAUUCAUAACAUAACAAAAUAGCCUUUUACACACAUACUAUAAAAUUGUAUCUGAGGAGAAAUACUCAUUCAGCAGUACUGGCACAACAACCAAUAAAAGGAUUCAAGUAGAUGUCAGAUACAGAAGUGGCUCAAAUGAAGAAAGCAAGAAAUAGAUAGCAGAAUGGUAAAAAG